CUUAAUCUCCAACAAACUCCCUCCCUUUCCCUUCUCCUUCUCCUUCUCCUCCUUCUCUUCCUUCCCUUCUCUUCUUCACUCCUCUCCCUCUCUUCCUUCAUCUUCUCCACACUUCACUGCAUCCUCAUCUUCAUCAUCUUCAUCAUCAUCAAUGGUGGCAGUUCCUCUCUCCCCUUCCGACCACCAAAACGCAACCAUUUCCACCCCAAAGACCUCCAAAGACUCCACCUUUACUUCACCUUCUCCUUCUUCUUCUUCUUCUUCUUCUUCCUCACCUUCUCCAACCUCACUCCUCCACCGUUCUCAUUCUCGCUCUCGUUCCCUCUCUUCCUCCAAAUACCUCACCACUACCACUCGCAGCCUCUCUGUCUCCUUCCAGGGUGAGUCCUUCUUCUUCCAAUCCACAAAGGCCAAACCUUCCCAAUCAGAGAACUCCCGUUGGCCGCCGGCGAGACCCUUUUCCUCUGUCCGCCUCCUUGUUCUCGACGAUGCUGACGCCUCCUCCGAAGCUGAUAGCCAUUCUUCCGGUAGCAACUCAGAUAAGGGCGGCGCUGCCACCACCACUGCUCCUUCACGCCACACACCUCGUGGCAUUAGCGUUCCGGCGAGGUUCUGGCAGGAGACCAAUAGCCGUCUCCGCCGCUCAACUGAGCCUCCUGCUCCAUUGCCUCCCAAAAAGCCCUUUUUAGCUUGUAAGAAUGCAGCGGGUCCUCUGAUGGUGAGAAGUAAUGGCAAUGCACCUUCAAUUAUAAGCUUUGCAGCUCAAUUGAAGAAAGGCAAGAAGGGGGAAGGCAGGAUUGAGGAAGCUCACUUGCUUAGAUUGCUCCAUAAUCGGCUUUUGCAAUGGCGUUGUGUUAAUGCGAGGGCGAAUGCCUCUUUAUCGGCUCGUCGUUUGGCUGUGGAGAAAUCUUUAUAUAGUGCUUGGAUAACUACCUCAGGGUUGCAAGAUUCAGUCACAAAUAAAAGAACAAAGCUUCAUCUUUUGACUCAAAAUUUAAGGCUAGCCUCAGUUCUUAACAAACAGAUGGCCUAUCUGGAAGAAUGGUCGCUUAUGGAUGAUGAACAUUCAAGUUCAUUAACAGGCGCGAUUGAAUCAUUGAAGGCAAGCAUUCUCCGCCUUCCUGUCAUAGAUGGAGCAAGGGUAGAUGUUCAAGUUGUGAAAAAUGCUGUUGGUAAUGCAAUUAACAUGAUGGAGGCGAUGAGCUCUUCGAUGUCCUCUUUGCUACCAAAGGUAGAAGGGAUGCAUAACUUAUUGACUGAGCUAUCGAAACUGGCAGCUCUCGAAGAAGAUUUACUGGCACAAUCGCGAGACCUCCUUUCGACAGUAGCAAUGCUGCAUGUAAAGCAAUGUAGUCUCCGAGGACAUAUCCUACAGUUAAAUUGUAGAUGAAGAACAAUGCAACUGCAAAGCAGAUAAUUUGACGACAGUUAUUAUAGUUAACCUGACAGCACAUCGAUUUGUCUAACCGGAGAUUGUAUCGAAGCUUUACCGCAUAUUGGUUUGUUUUGUGUGAAGCCAUGUGUUUGAACAAGUCUGUUUAUCUCAUUCGGUGAGCUAACCGAUAAAUUUUUUUUGUUGUAUAUGAGAGAACGAUCUUCGAUCACAGAUAAAAAAGAAAAAAGAUGUGAAUAGGCAUUUGUUUUAGGCGCCGUUUUUUGAUUUAGUGUGGGAAUAUCAUGUAAAUGUCUUUGGAUUGGAAAAUGUUAUCGGUUUGUACGAUGA